CUCGAAAGUGUCAGCAAUCAACUGGCAGUAGACGACCUAAAGACCAUGGAGAGAGGAGUACCAGAGACGACAUUGUACAUAUUGGACCACGAGGGCUUACAGGCUGUUUCAAUGAGUGGGCAUGAGGGUGUAAGCGAAGCGCCGCUUUUGGUUGAGGACCUUGUGGACAAUGACGUAGAUCUAGAUGCUGAUGAUGACGACAUUGACGUGGACUGCGAUUCGUUUGAGUCGAUGGAGACGAUAUCGGACAACGUUUCAAUUUGGAUGGAUGGCGAAAAGCAUUGGGUAUCUGGGGUCGAUGCGAAUACAACGUGUGCGGAUCUGAUCAGUGCCCUCCUCAGCUUUCAAGAGCUGGAGCAGCAGCACAAGUGCUCCGAAAUGUCGUUGGCAAUUACACAAGAGUACGUGAUUGUAAAGCAACUUCGUCACUACGAGGAGUAUCUGGACGGUGGUGCACGAGUUUUUGAUGUGCUGCCGGCACGUCAUACGCUGGCCAGAAAAGAGUGCGAGCUGCUGCUGCGACAUUUGGGGGCACUGCCACUGGGACAGCCAAAGACAACAGUGACAGCGUCAACAGAAGUGGCAACAGCUUCACCCUCUCCGAACAGCAACAAUAAAGUAUCCUCAUUGCUAUCUACGGAUAAGGACAGCGGCAUGGGCAGCCCGAUGGGCAGCUCGCGAAGCGCACGUUUUCGACGACGUGGUAAGCACAGAGCAGCGACAGGGGCGAGGAACAGCCAGAUACAGCAAAAUCAGCGCCAGGAACAGACGCUACAGCCACAGCAAACUCGCUAUAAUGCAUGUCCAAAUGAACGCCUAAUGAAAAUUAUUUUGGCGCAGGACGAAACCAUACACAGGCAGUUGUCCUUGUUGCGCGAGAAGGAACGACAAAUCUUGAAAAUUGAAGAGGAAAAACAUCGUGUACGCGAACGUGAGCUGGGUAAAAAUUAUCUGCUCGAGACAUAUUUGAAUGCUCUGGAUGAGGCGGAGUACGCCAAUCUGAAUGCACAAGCGAUUGAUGCGAAAGCGCCUCGAGCCACAUUGACGAUGACGGCGACGCCUACGACGCCCGUGACGAGAAGACUACAGGCGGGAGAUACAGAUUUCUCUGGUGUUGCGCAUGGAGAGCUAGGAGCUCACAUUUUUAUAGAUGAGCCCUCCAUGCCACAACCCCAGAUGGAAAUGGGGGCGGUCACAGCUGCAGAAAGUACUGCCAUACCUGGGGGACUAGAGCUGCAACCGCUUCGUAGUGGAUGCGCCACCGGAAAUGCGUUCGUUGCACACAAUGGGGCCGCACCAACGGCGGCAGUAUCCGGAAAUGAGGCAAUGGCGGACGUCGAUGCCGCCAUCGCAGACGAUUUACAAAUAUAUUGGCUGGAAAAGAUAUAUGCAGUGAAUAAGCAACUGCAACGGGAUGAAGAACUGUUGCUGCGAUUGCAUGCCAAGGUGCGCAAGCAUCAGCUUAAGCGGGCCUAUCAGACCAAGAGUGAGGUCCUGCAGCAAAUCGACAAGCUCGACUCAGAGCUUGCAGCACAAGUGGCCGAUAUACAUGGCGUGGAACGCAAACUCCUGACGGCCAACGAACAGCUGAAGGCUAAACUGGGAGUUCUGGAGUUCCUCAGUCGUGAGUUCGUUGAUAAUUUGGAGCAGGACGACGUGAUUGAGACUCAGGUCGACAGUACCAAGUUGUUGGCAUCCAACCAAAUGAACUCAGCGCGAGACUUGCAGGACUUGCGCCAGUUAAUCGCAAAACCAACCCCAACACCUCAAGGGCAACCAACACAUCCAGAUAGUCCUGUGGAUGCAACACACCAAAGCCAAAACAAUGAGAACACCACGAAGCAACGUCAGCUGCAGGAGCAAAUUAUUAUUGAUAAGAACACACAUGCGCCGCAGUUGGCCGACGCCAAGAAUGUGAAGAAACAAAUGUUUACGGCGACACAAAGUGUGGCGACAUCAACAAGAGCGACGGCAGCACCAAUUGUGCCGACCAUCAGUAAGCCUACAACAAAACUGCAACAGUGUCAUCCAAACGCCGUGGCGCCUCUAUUAUUGUCAGUCCCACAGCAGCCUCACCAACACCGUGAAUCCGCCGCCGCGCUCUCCGUUGGCCAUUGUGCAAAGCCGCCGAUGCCUUUGGCCGGGUUCCUGCCAAGGUCGGAGUUCACGGAUAUCACCACUCUGGGCACGCUCGUGUGA